GCCGAAGAUCUUUAGGGUCCUAGUCCUGAAGUCGUCCCAUUUUUCUUAGCAGGCCUUCCGAAGUGGUGGCAGUGCUGGUAUCCAGCAAAAACGGCAUUGUGUUGUUUGAAGCAACAUUUCGGGGCGCACUUGUGUGCUUGGAGGAGGAGAGGAGGCGAGGAUCCAGAAUACUUUGGCGCUUAGAGCCUACCAGGAAGCAACUCCUUCGCGCAAGGGUCCAGAACACCAGGGCGCGCAUGGCGCUGUACGGUUGGGGUCACCGCGCUUCUCGUUAUGUCCAUCAGCGCGUGCCUUUUCUGCAGCUUCUAUCGCAGCAGGAAUCUUUCUUUCUUGGAGCCCGUGGAAGAGAACCCAGCUCUUCUUCCACGUCCUGUGAUCCGGUCUCUCCUUUGCCUUCAGCAGUUUCCUACGGCCUUUCUGCAUGUAGAGAGACCGCUCAAGAAGAUGGGCCUUGGUCAAUGGGUGCAAAGACGAACGGCAGUGACCGCUGCCUUGUAUCCAGAGACAUACCUCGUCCAAUGCUGGCAAGCAAUGAUAGCACUUUCAGCCAGCUUUACUGGGGUUUGACAGGACGAACCGGCAGCUUUCGGUGCACAGCUUACUCGGACGAAGGGUUCCUAACCAGGGGAUAUGCCACCACUUCUUUCAAUCCAGCAUCCCAGCGCGCCUGGCAGCAUUCUGCUGCCGCCACUAGUUCCCCAGACCAAUCUGACUCUGCCUUAAGGAGAGAAGCAGAGCUGGCCGCCAGUGCCCCAAGCAAAACCAAAUCAGACGGCACAAUUGGCAUUCGCUGGUACAAACAUGUAGGAGUAGAAGAAACAGAAGACUCGACUUUCCACGUCACCCUCGAUGGGAAGCGCCUUCCAAGCCCCGCCCGGCGCCCUCUAGUCCUGCCUACGAAAGAGCUCGCUCUCGCCAUUGCAGCAGAGUGGGAGUGGCAAGACAAGAAAAGCAUCCGCCCGUUCACGAUGCCGCUGAUGAAGCUAGCUUCCACCGCGACUGAUUUAGUGCCCCUGCAAAGAAACGCGAUUGUUGAUAACCUGAUGAAGUACUUUCGGACGUCGGACGCGGUGUGCGUGCGGGACCCGGGGGAAGGACGCCUGAAAAGGAAGCAAGCGGAGAUCUGGGACCCGUUGUUAGACUGGAUGCAGCAGGAACUAGGCGUGCGGCCUGUGACGUCCGGGAGCAUCUUUGGGGCGGAGCAGCCACCAGAGGUGGUGCGGACAGUACAGGAGCUACUUCAUCGGAAGAGUGACUUCCGGCUGGCGGCCGUGGACGCGCUCGCCAGCUCAGCGCACUCGCUUGUGAUUGCGCUUGCGGUCUCAAGGGGGCACCUGGGCCCACGGAAGGCGCUGGAGGCGGUGCGAGUGGAGGAAGACCAUCAGAUGGAAGAGUGGGGCCUUGUCGAAGGGGGUCACGACCUCGACAUAGCAGAUACAAAAGUCCGCAUUGCAGCACCUUCGCUCUUCUUGCGGCUACUCGAUGAAUGAUCAACGACCCGAGUGUAGCACGAGCCAGAGAUCAGAGUUCGUGACCAACAAGCCCUCCCGAACCUUUUAGGAUGCAUGGGAAGAAGUCAUUUGGCCUGCGAAUAUCUGAACACAUAAAUCCAGAUUACACUGAGUCAUCGGCGUUUGUUGACAUGA